CUCUGGAGUGAGCGCUCAGAUUCGGAACAGCAGGGAGAAUAAUUCAGCUAUGGAACCAAUUAACAAGUCGUGUAAAUAAUACUCAAAAUGUAUUCUGUCAUUAUCUACCACCAACUGUGAUCUUAAAUUUAACUUUGCAUGGAAAUGUUUGGGUUAGAUGAGGCAUUUCAGGUCUAAUACCUAAUAACCAACUUAGUUCCAAUCUGAAGAAUGCAACUCUUUUUAAGCAUUUUAAUGUAUUCAUUCAGGGAAUGUGGGCUUCACAGGCUGGGCCACCAUGUAUUACCCCUGCUUAGUUGCCCUUGAGAUGGUGUGGUGAACUGCCUCCUCAAACCACGGCAAUCCAUUUGGUGCAAGUACAUCCACAAUACUGUCAGGAAGGAAGUUCCAGGAUUUUGACACAAACAGUAGAGGAAUGGAGACAUAGCUCAAAGUCAGAAUGGUGCGUGGCUUGGAGGGAAAUUGGCAGGUGGCACUGUUCCCAUGGUAAUUGUUGCAGCUUUGCAAUUUGCAGACUAAGGAGCCUUAGUAAAUUUCUGCAUUUCUCCAUUUUCACAUUUGAUUUUAAUUGGGUUUAUUGCACUUCCAAAAAUAAUUGUGAAAACCACAAAGUAUACUUGUUUGUUGCUUGGAGACUUGGUAUGGUUUUAUAAUUCACAAUUCCACAACAAAGGUCCAACACAAGUUGCAUUGUUGAGGCCAGUGUGCAUCAGGGAGCUGAAUCAGACUAAGCUGCUCAUUCCAUUUGUUAGCGUGCCGGAUCUAUUGACAAUGGUUUUGGAGUGGCUUAUACCAUGUUACACUGGAAAUGAUUUAUGAUAUUCAGAGACAUUCGGGUGGAAAGAAAUUGGCAAGGGAAAGAUGUAGGUUUUUGUGCUCUUUUAUUGUUGGUCUGCCUAUCUGAUAGAAGUCAGAUUUCAGUGGACAUCAGCACGUGGAACCUGGCAAGAUGGAAAUGUUAGUAUGAUUUCUCCUCGACUAUGUUGCCCCAUGAUAAUUUGAUUUGCACUAAGUUGAUCAAACAAAGGUUGGUUGAUCAAUUUGAUGAGCAUCACUGUUCUGUCUGACCAUGCUGUGACUCACGUAAUUCAAUUUUACUAUUCCUAUUUAGCAUUUUCUUCUUGGCCCCCUGCAUCAUUCCAGUGAAGCCAAUUAUGUAUUUCAAUCUCUGUCCUGAGUUUGCUUAGCUUCCCUGCAUCCCUCUUGGCAGAACACUCAUUUAAGGUUUAAACUUCAGUUUUUCCCAUUUACCUAAUUCUCACAUUUACCUUUGUUACCACCAUCACAAAAUUAUUUUGUUAGUUGUCAUUUUUGUGCAUUGUAGUGAUAGGAGCUAGAGCACCAGACUCCUGCUGUUCUACCCAUUCCUCCUGUGUUUUUGCUCUUAUAAAGAAGCUUAGCCACCUUCUAGUUGCUAGUUAUGAUUUGUCCAUCCCCAAAUUGUUAACUUAUCCAUUAACAAACAUGUUUAAGUAUUGUUAGAAAUCUAUUUUAUGUUUUAACUAGCUUCAAAGCUGUAUUACACUGCUGUAGAACUAUAGUAGCCACCAAAUAAACGUUCAAUUCUGAUGGAAUUCCAUCCAAAAUAUUAGGUUACCUUUUUCACUGUCAGACACCAUUUGAAGCAUUGGGUAUGUUAGGAUUUAUUUUUGUUUAUGAAUCGGAUUUUCAAUGUUCAUGGUUUGCCUUUCAUCCACUCCUUUGUUUAAUGUUUGCAUAUUUACAUUAACCUGUACAUGAUAUCCAGGUAAAAUUUUUAGGCUAUUAUGAAGUUCACCUAGACAAGAGUACAGAAUCAAAAAAUGUUAGGGAAUUAAUGAAACAAGUAGAUUCUAAGGCUGUUAGAUUUUUUUUUUGUGCAAACAUACUAUUGUUUGUGUUUUAGAGAGUGGUCUCAAUUGCUUUGUGCCAUUUUGUAUUGACCCUCUACUGCUACCGGGAGAUGAGAUAUCUCCAGAGUGUAACUUGGUGAUAUAUUUUAAUCAAAUAAAUUCUGCAUUCUGCGUACACAGGUAAUAGCUUAGCCAGCAAGAGACAUUACAGGUCAAUGCCUACCCAUGGGAUCGGGAGGUAUAAAUACUUACUGCCAAAAGAAGUGCCACGGAAGAAAAGAGAGAAGCUACAGAUGAAGCAGCUCAAGCCUGGCACUGACACAGAAUAUGGUGUCUUAAAUAUCCAACUGACUGGCUAUGAUAUGACACUUGUAGAACACUAUAGUCAGUACAUACACCGGCUCUGCAAUCGACUGAAGAUCAAAGUGGAGGAAAGCUAUGCAAUGCCUACCAAAUCCACUGAGAUCUCCGUGUUGCAGGAACAAGGAACUAAGAUGAAUGUGGAAGGUGUUAUUCACUGUCAUGAGAGAAUUGUACAGAUUAGUGGUUUGAGUUCAGUUAUCGCCCCAAUUGUUGUGGAAGUCCUUCAAACCAAUCAGCCAGAAGGUGUACAGCUGUGCAUAAAGGAGCACACUGAAGCUGAAUUCAAUGCUCGGUUCAAGGCUCGGCCAGAAUUAGAAGGACUGAUAGCGCAAAUUAGUUGAGAAGACAUCUAAGGAAGGUGAUCAAGCCAGAGGCAACUGUAUUUGGUGGCGUUAGAACUGUGAUUGAAAAUUAUAUGUAGUAAUCAUUGUUUCAAGGACUUAAAAACAAGCAGAUUAUUGUGUGAUAUAUUGUUAAUAAAAUGAACUCUAAAAGA